CGGCGGCAGACGCGCGCACCGCUCGCUCGCUCGCUCCCGCACACAGCGGCGCCCCCGCGAGAGGAUGGGGAAUCCGAAGCAGAAAUGGACGCAGGAAGAGGAGGAGGCGCUGCGCGCCGGCGUCGCGAAGCACGGCACGGGCAAGUGGAAGGACAUCCAGCGCGAUCCCGAGUUCAACAAGUUCCUCUUCUCUCGCUCCAACAUCGAUCUCAAGGAUAAAUGGCGGAAUAUGAUUGGUGGUGCCAGUGGCCAAGGUCAAAGGGAUAAAUCACGGGCAAAAGCUAAAGCAAGCUCAGAUGCUCCUUCUACCUUGACCAAUUUGCCAAAUGCUCCUAAUGUUCCCAUUUCAGAUGAAGCAACUGCAGAACCAGCUACUGACGGCGCUCCAAAAAUCGCGGAUGAUGGAAAGAGUGCGCCCAGGUACAAUGCAAUGAUAUUUGAAGCACUUUCAACAUUGAAAGAGCCCAAUGGAUCAGACACCGGUGCAAUUUUCAGCUAUAUUGAGCGGAGACAUGAGGUCCCACAAAAUUUUAGGAGGCUGUUGAGUUCAAGAUUAAGAAGGCUGGUUGCACAAGACAAACUUGAGAAGGUUCAGAAUUGCUUCAAGAUAAAAGAGAUCACCUCUUUUGGGACAAAAACACCAGCCCCUAAGGAGCAAGAUGUCAGACCUAGGCAGCUGCAGCCUGUUGUCAAUACAAAUUUCGGUGAAACAGUAGAUGAGGCAGCCGUCGCUGCUGCAUACAAGAUCGCGGAAGCAGAGAACAAAUCCUUUGUGGCAGCUGAAGCAGUUAAGGAAGCAGAGAGGGUCUCAAAGAUGGCUGAAGAUGCAGAUGCAAUGCUUCAGUUGGCUCUAGGGAUAUUAGAAAAAUGUACUGUCAAAGGUUCUAGGGACGAAAUGGUGCUCGUCGCAUGAGGUGAUACAUAACUCAUCAAAUAAGCUGAUGACUCAACCUUAUGGCCGGACCUUCUUGGAUGGUUGUAGAACCAUUUUUCUGCUUGCUGCUACUCGGAAUCCUCUACGACAAGAAAAGGAGACAAUGCACUUUUUCUCAUGAACGAGUAAAUGUCCUUUACCAAUUUUUCUACCUGGAGAGGUGAUAUCUAAUCAUGUUCUAGAAAUACAUUGAUCGCAAUGUGAAGAUAGCAGAGGUCUUCUUACAAAGGUCAUCACCACCAUGAUAUUGCAAUUUGCCCCUUUGAUCUUCUGGUUUAGGUCUUAUCCAUGUCCGUCGCUUGUAAUUUAACUGGAGUGACGAUACGGCUUAUUCUAACCCCUUUUGUGAAAACUUGGAUUAUCCAUUCGGCCUUAUCCCAA